CGAGGCAAGAUGGCGGACGUGUUGAGCGUACUGCGUCAGUACAACAUCCAGAAAAAGGAGAUCGUGGUCAAAGGGGACGAGGUCAUUUUCGGCGAGUUUUCUUGGCCCAAGAAUGUGAAGACGAAUUACGUGAUCUGGGGGACGGGGAAGGAAGGUCAGCCAAGGGAGUAUUAUACUUUGGAUUCCAUAUUAUUCCUGCUUAACAAUGUUCAUCUCUCUCAUCCUGUGUAUGUGCGGCGUGCUGCAACAGAGAAUAUUCCUGUGGUCCGAAGACCGGACAGAAAGGAUUUACUUAGCUACUUAAAUGGUGAAACAUCAACAUCUGCAAGCAUAGACAGAAGUGCCCCUCUAGAAAUUGGUUUGCAGCGAUCGACGCAAGUUAAAAGGGCAGCUGAAGAAAUAUCAUCAGAAUUAAAGAAACCCAGAAUAGAGGAUGAAGAACGUGUGCGACUUGACAAAGAGCGUUUGGCAGCUCGAUUGGAAGGCCACAAAGAAGGCAUUGUACAGACAGAGCAGAUCAGGUCAUUGUCAGAGGCAAUGUCUGUGGAAAAGAUUGCUGCUAUUAAAGCCAAGAUCAUGGCAAAAAAACGGUCCACUAUUAAGACAGAUCUGGAUGAUGACAUUGCAGCUUUGAAACAGAGAAGUUUUGUAGAUUCUGAAGUAGACGUAACCAGAGAUAUUGUCAGUAGAGAGAGAGUAUGGCGAACAAGAACUACCAUUCUCCAAAGCACUGGCAAGAAUUUUUCCAAGAACAUAUUUGCAAUUUUACAAUCGGUAAAAGCCCGGGAAGAAGGACGAGCACCAGAACAAAGACCCCCACAAAACAUAAUACCUCCGGACCCAGCUCUAAGAAAUAAACAACCUAUUCCAGCAGCAUACAACAGAUAUGAUCAGGAAAGAUUUGCAAAGAAAGAAGAAACGGAAGGUUUCAAAAUCGAUACAAUGGGCACCUAUCACGGUAUGACACUGAAGUCUGUGACGGAAGGUGCUUCUGCUAGAAAAGCUCAAACUCCAGCUGUUCAGCCGGUUCCACGACCAGUUUCACAAGCAAGGCCGCCACCAAACCAAAAGAAGGGCUCUCGAACUCCUAUCAUUAUUAUUCCUGCAGCUACCACUUCUUUAAUUACCAUGCUGAAUGCAAAAGAUCUUUUACAGGACUUAAAGUUUUUCCCAUCAGAAGAGAAGAAAAAAGCAAGGGUGCCAGCGGGGAAAAUGAAAUUCUGAUCCAAUCGGCGAAAGGACCAGGUACAGCCAGGAGGAACCGCCAUCAGUGUAACAGUGCCUUAUCGAGUGAUAGACCAACCUCUUAAACUUCUGCCGCAAGACUGGGAUCGUGUUGUGGCAGUUUUCGUACAAGGAGCUGCCUGGCAGUUCAAAGGAUGGCCGUGGUUAUUACCUGAUGGAUCACCUGUGGAUAUCUUUGCAAAAAUUAAGGCAUUCCAUCUCAAGUAUGAUGAGAUGCGUCUGGAUCCAAAUGUUCAGAAGUGGGAUGUGACUGUUCUGGAAUUGAGCCACCACAAGCGCCACCUUGACAGAGCUGUUUUGCUACGUUUCUGGGAGACUUUGGACAGGUACAUGGUGAAGCACAAAUCCCACCUGAGAUUCUAAGUUGUCUGAAGUUCUGUGAUUGCUGCCAUUCAUUUCUGAGAGGUUGGAGGAGUUCUACAAGAGACGCAUCUUUCUUGGGACUAAACUAUCUCAUUGGCUUGUCUGCGCUUCUCAAGAACAGUGGCAUUACAGUUUGGGUUAACCUGAAUUGUCGCAAAUACAAUACUUGUUGGAUAUUUUUUUAUUGCAUUGGAGAAGUGAAGUCUGCAACAAUUAGGCAAAUAAUUGUGCUUAUACUACCAGUUUUCCAAUGGUAGAUUGUCUUCUAGUCUGAAAAAUCAAAUUUGUAUUUUAUUCUAUAGUGUUUAUUUUUCAGACAGCACUUUUUUUUUAAAUAUCACCCAAUCCUCCCCCUCUCCCCCCCCCCCCACCAAUCUUUUAAAGACUAUUGUUGAGUGCAAGCUGUAAAUUCUAUAUCAUCACUGUUGUGGGGUGGGGAUUUCUUCAAACAAUUCUUCUCAGGUAGUAUAAGAGGUAAGACAGCCAUAGAUGACAUAGGUUGACUUAUUUUUUUGUUUGUGUAAAAUAUUACUGCAAAAUUAUACAUGUAAAAGCAGCUGCCUUGGGCUAUGAUGGGUGUUGAACAAUCACUCAGUUAUUGUCAAGAACUUAGGCAGAAGAAUAAAGACAUAAAAAGGUCCAUUAUUGCUAUUAUGAAGAGAUUAAUUGGAAGUCCUGAGUUUUAGAGCAUUGUCGACAAAGAUAGGUAAUAGUGGUCUUUAACUUUGAAACCGAUCAUCUGUACUUGGCUUUCUAAGCACAACUGUGAAAACCUAAUAGUGUAUUUCAAGUUCUGUAUUACAAAUUUCUCAAAAGUCCAUCUAGUGCCAACAUAGAAAUGAUUAAAAAUCCAGUUGUGCUGCUUGCUGACAUGAGAUAAAUAUAUUACAUAAAGUACCAUUUUGUUGCUGUUUUCAUUACACUUCCAUCAGUGUAUUGAAAGGGUUCACAUUUAUUUCACUCUUUAGGAAAAGGCAAAGGAUUUUUUGUUUGGGCAGAACCAUCAUUUAUUCAACCUCUGAUAUAUUUAUAUAUAUCUUUACGAUACUUAAAUAGAGCUGAUGACAAUGAGCUUUUUCAAAAUUACUGUCUAUAUGAUGCUUUCAAAAUUUGAUUUUAUAAGGUAUGGCUCAUUGUGAUCCAUGGCAGGAGUCAUGCUGAUGCAAUGUAUUUAUUGAAAUAGUGAUCAUAAAUAAUAAAAACACACCUGAUAAGGGAGUUCAUUGGCUGAGCUGGUAAAUUACCUGAGGGAAAUGUAAAAUACUCUAUGGUGAUAAAAUCACAGCAUGAGAGAGGGCUAAAUAAGCAACUACUUGUUUUCAGAUAAAAUAUAGUAGCUUAAGAUUUGAAAAAUAAGACCUUGGCAGAGUAUCUGAUUUUAGCAGCAGUACCUAUUUGAAGCUUUUUAUAAUGGUGCAGGUAUAAAAUCAUUUGGCUUCCUUGUGCCACACCCAGGAUCACCUUAUGCUAUUGUCUGGAUGAACGGGGAAAUAGUUCUACCCAAUAAACCUGUUUUACAGCAAGAGGGGAUCCUUCUGUGAUAUUUGAAACCCAAUCAAAUAGAUGGAUUUUUGGUUUUAACCACUGGAUAAUCUAAGAUAAAGUGUUAAUAACACUGAAUCUUGAGGGGAAAAUUACCAGUUGCAAAAGAUAUUUAUUUACUAUGAAUGAUAUGCUCCAGAACUUGAAAAUAGCUUUGAUGUGUUGAGUAAUUGUGAUAGUGUCCAAUGUCAAACGCCAAUCGUGAUUCAUUUCGGUGAACAAUAAGGCUGAAUAACCAUUGUCAAUAUGCUGUCUUUUCAGUGAAGCUGAAUGUUACACUGCUCUUACCUAUUACUGACUGUGUAAUAGAUUAAAAAAAAUAUCCCACCCACACAGGUUGAAUGAAAAAUCCACUUGAUAUCCAAACCAUUCUGUUUUCAAAGAUUAUUUAAAUCACACAUUAAAAACGUUCCAUUUUAUUGAAGUUUGAACACAGCUGUUAUGUUGCAAGGCAAAAGCAAAUUAAAUUGAGAAUGGAGUUGAAUGACAAUGUUCACUUCAGCAUUAAAUUGCCAACUGUAAUGAGCUCAUUCUGGUCCUGGUGAAUGACCUAUUAUUGUUUGGGUGAGCGAUAGCACAGAUGUUAUGAGGAAACAGGUGCAAAAUUAGUUUGAGUAAAAUUGUCGACCAAGUAUUAAAAGCUUGGUGGGGGGGGGGGGGGGCGGUGGUGGGGGGAAGAAAUCACACUGCUAUUGGGAAGAUUUGAGUGCUCUGUUAAACCCUGCAGAAUAAAUAGGUUCCAUACUUCCUAGCAUCACCAGUUACGAAUUAUUUUCAAUAUUCCAUCACACUUAAUUUGCUAAUUCACAUUAUAUUUCAUCAUAAAAUUUGUACAAUGCAAUUUUAAGUUUCCAAUUUAACAAUUAGAAAAGUUGACAAUUUAAUUGCAUACCUACUCUUGGUUAUUUGACAUCAACGUUACUUUCAGAUUGUAAAAAUAACAUAAUACACCUCAAAGCAUACAUAUGAAUUAAAGGUGAUCAUAAUCUUCACUGCAUUUAUCAAUAUUCAUUGCACCAUCUAAACCUAUGUAGCUGCUAUUUACUUAGCAUAAGGAUUGAUGUCUGCCUUUCUGUAAAUUGUCCAUCAGAAAAAAACAUUGUGUUUUCAUUAUUUAAUGUACCUGCUGUCAUGGUUUUGUUAAAUUAACCUCUUUGGAUUUUAUUAAUGUUUGCAAUAUUAAUUUGUUUGCUUUCAACUGUCUCGUACGGUAGUUCAAUUAAUGUGAAUGGACUGUAACAACAGGUAUUGAAGUGAGCAGGUCCUGUUCAUUGUGGCAAUUUGUCUCCUUUUUCUAGUUUUUAAAUUCAGAAACUUUGUAUCUAUCCUUUUUUGCUUUCUUGGUUUGUACUGAGAGAUGCACAACAAAAGGCUCUGUUUCCACAAGGUUUUUUUGUACCAAGUAAUACAUAUGAACAGUACCCAACAUUUUUUAUUACAGAAAUACAUAAAACUGCCAUUUUAAAGUGGUUUUGUGCAAUUUUCUAACUGAAACAAUCUUAGAAGUUACAUUAUUUACAGUUGGGUGUGUGAUAAAGUCAUACUUGUGCUAUUGUAGCUCUGUACAAACUGAGCACAAAUUAAAAAUGACCAAAAAUGGAAUUAGUACAUGUGUGAGUUCUCUCUCUCACUCACUCUCUCUCACUCUCUCUCUCUCUCACUCACUCACUCUCUCUUUCACUCUCUCUUUCACUCUCUCUUUCACUCUCUCUUUCACUCUCUCUUUCACUCUCUUUCACUCUCUCUCUUUCUCACUCUCUUUCACUCUCUCUCUCUCUCUCUCUUUCUCUCUCUCUCUUUCUCUCUCUCUCUUUCUCUCUCUCUUUCUCUCUCUCUUUCUCUCUCUCUUUCUCUCUUUCUCUCUCUCUCUUUCUCUCUCUCUUUCUCU